AAGGGAAGAGCCAGGUAAACCGAACGGAAAUUCGAGUGGAAAAACGCGUACGCACAAAGUCGCGCGCGAUAGCGUAUAGCGAGAGGGAGGUAGGGUGGGUGGCCGUUCAGAGAAGAGUAGUAGGCCCAGCAUCUGCUCUCUUUCGCGUCGCGUCGUGUCGCGCGAGAAAAAUCUCGUGAGCGUGCGCGCGCGCGCACUCGGUCACUAGAGAGAGAAAGAGAAGAGCGAAGGGAAAAAAGAGAGGGAAGCGCAGCAGCGGGACAAUCGCGUCGCGCUCACAAAUAUCCUGCACCUCCCGUCCGUGGAGCGUAGCUCGGCUAGCUCAAAGAGUGGGGAAGAACGCACGAGCUGUCGGAACAGAUGGCUUCGUUGCGAUUGGCUCACGGCCCGCGACUGGCCGUCCUCCAUUGGCGAGCUGUACGGGGCCCCUGGCCCCGCAUUGGUUCGACAGCACGUGCGGGCCACCUGCACCUGCCUGGUGGGGCGACCUCUUAUAAAAGAUGUUGGAGAACCCCCUACCAGUCAGAGACCGGCUCGCAGCCGAACCGUUUUCACUAUCGUGCAGGUACUCGUUGUUAUUUCGUUCUUCAAUCUUUCUGUCUUUGAUCGUCCGAUUCGUUUCGUUCGUUCGAUCGAUCACGUAACGAGACAGAGAAAAAACGUAGUGCCAUAUCGAGGAAGAGAGAAGUUGGUGUGUGAAAUAGUGCAGUGACAUUAUCACGCUAUCAAGGAUUAUUCUUAUAAUUUCUCGCAUUUUUUCCUCGUCCGGUCUUCUACUCAUGAACGCAUCGCGACAUAGUGCGAAAGAAGAAGUAAUUCGUGCUACUCGACAUAUUGGAUUAACACUGACAGUGCCUUCGCGGUAUCGCGACUACCUGCGAAGAGCAAAACUAUUGUCUACCAGUAAUCGUUGCUCUCGAAGGCCCAAACAUGCUUAUAGAUGAGAUGCCUCGUAGCUUCGUUAAGAAAAACAACAGCUAUAGUCACUGCCCGCUUAAGAAGCGGCCGGUGCACGUCUUGCUCAAUGAAGAUAUCCCGAAAGCGAUCAAAGAAGAGAUCAUUGACGUGGUGGUGGACGAUAUUCCCGAGCCCGAAAACUUGAGCACAAAACCGGAAGAUCUAAGUAGAAACGCGGAACGUCACUCGAGUCAACCGCAACAGCAACAGCAGCAACAUCAUCAUCAGCAACAGCAACAGCAGCAGCAACAGCAGCAGCAGCAGCAGCAGCAGCAGCAGUUGCAACAGCAUGAGAUAUCGUCGGAACAGUUGACGCGUCAACGCGAGUAUCCGUCAAGGUCGCCGUCACCUCUGAUAAAACCUUCACCUUCUCCCGUGAUCGCACCUAGGCCGGUCUCGCCGUCGGAGCAUUUGCAUCACCAUCAUCUUUAUCCGGUACAUCAUCUCCAUCAUCACCAGCAUUAUCCCACAAAGGCGAUCACGCCGCCGGCUGGAAUCGCGCCGAUCCAUCCUGUUGCAAAGAAGGCUCGCGUCGAAGUUAUUCAGCACGAAAGUUCCUCUUCGAACGUGGUACCGACUACGACGACGACGGCUACGGGUACGGCCGCGGUUUCUGCCAGUACGGCACCGCUUCAUUUCAUGGCCAGCAAGGCGCCCUUGGAGCCAUUGAACCUGAACACUCCGGUCGAGCCGCUUGCUCAUUACGCGACACCGGCAUGGGCUCGUUCCGCGCCUCUGUACCCGCCUCACUAUCUACCUUAUCCAGCAGCCUACAGAUAUCAUCAUCCGGGCACGGAACUCUAUCCGUCCUAUCCGAUGCCAGCUUAUCCACAUUCCUCGCCCGAGCAUCAUUCGUCGGUCUCGCCGCCUCCGCACGCCGCUCUGACCUGCCCGACGAUCCAGAAACCGAUCGCCAGGAGCUACGCUCACUGGGCCAGUCCCGAUCACUUCGGUCUGUCGCCUACCAGUUCCUUGGGAUCGGGAUCCCUUAGGUCGCCUCCACCGGUCACUCCCGAAGACCUGUCUUCCCCGGGAAGCGACAGUGGAAGAUCUUCCGCCGGCAGCACAUCGGCUGGCCCAACGAUCGUAAACGUUAAGAUAGAGAAGAGCGCGACGAGCGGCUCCUCCACGUCUCUCUCUUCUUCCUCCUCCGCUACUUCGCCAAGGUAUCAGUGUCCAGACUGUGGAAAAUCGUAUUCCACGUAUUCCGGACUGUCGAAGCAUCAACAGUUUCACUGUGCCGCGGCGGAAGGUCAAACGAAAAAGUCCUUCUCCUGCAAGUACUGCGAGAAGGUUUACGUCAGUCUCGGUGCUCUCAAGAUGCACAUCCGAACGCACACGUUGCCGUGCAAAUGUCAUCUCUGCGGCAAGGCGUUCUCCAGGCCAUGGCUACUUCAAGGACACAUCAGGACCCACACCGGAGAGAAGCCGUUCAGUUGUCAGCACUGCAAUCGCGCGUUCGCCGACAGGAGCAAUCUCAGGGCGCAUCUACAGACUCACAGCGACGUUAAGAAGUAUUCUUGCACGUCCUGCAGCAAAACGUUCAGUCGGAUGUCUCUGCUGACGAAGCAUCAGGAGGGCGGCUGCCCUGGUGUACCCGUUCCGAUAGGGUACGGCUGCUAAAGUGCCAUCGACGGAGGAACGCGAGGAGAAAUUUCGAGUGAAUCAAGAGUCUCGUGCGUUUCUCAAAAUGCGAUAGCGCGUGACGCGUUAAAAAAAAAAAAAGAAAAAAAAAACAAAAAAAAAGACAAAAAAAUAGAACCGUCGGAAAGACUCUUGCGCUCGUCCACUUUUACAUUUUCCGUUUCUUCUGAAAGUGCCUUCUUUGGGAAAAACGCCGAAUCGAAAGACGAGCCAUAUAAAAAGUUAAUACCAAUGUAACUUUGCUUCAAUCAAGAUUCGAUUUCACGAGUCGAGUUUUAAUCGAUGUCUCGAGAGACUUUAACGAGCGGUCGGCAAACGGUUUCGUGCCGAGUAUUUCAAUGAUCCUAGUUUCCAUUUUCUAUUUCGUCUCUUUCUCUCAUUUUUCUCCCCUUUUCCUUAAUGCCUACUCUUCGCGAUGCGUUUAAAAAGACGAAAUCGAUCGCCGAAGACGAUGCGAUUUUAAAGAUUAUCCCACGUGUACUUUUUGUAGUUCGAUUCGAGCGUAGUUUUCCCUCGAACUUCUUCGAUCGUCAUUCGUUGUGUUGUAAAUAUAUUCAAGAUGGGGUGUAUGCGAGUGAGAGUAUUAUUACGAGUGCGUGUGUAACGAAUAAUCGGUGUUGCGCCCGUACGUAGGGUAGCGGCGUACGCUUGUUUCUCUUACGGAAUUCUGGUUAAAGCUCGCUCCUGCUUUGGCCACGAAAAAAAAAGAAACGGGAAGAAAGCGUUCAAAGUUACCGCUCGACGCGGUCCCGUGAAGUCGCCGUGCCAUUUUUUUUCCUUUUACAUUUCUUUCCAUUUACUUUACAUUUUCUUUUCGUUUGAUCACCCGCGAUAAAAAAUCGACGAUUAAAGAAGCUUGGAAAAAAAGACCGCGUCUCAUAUUUCUUUGCUUCGUCGAGAAGAAUGCGUGCACCAGCGGUGUUAUUAAUUUAUACGCGUAAAUAAUGGUAUUUUUUUUUUUGUUUCGUCCUUAAGUUGUGCGCACCAAAGUGCCAUCGACGAAAGCCGUCGUUCCGCUGUAUAUAAUAAAGCGUUCAACGAUUAGUUCGUAAGCAACGAAAGGAAGAUGCACGUCGAGUAGUAAUUAUCGCAUAUGCGUAAACGGAACGUGAAAGAUCGUUCAGCGGCCGACGUCGAGCGGUGUCAGACGCCGUCGGUUUCUGAUCUUUUUUUCCUUUUUUUUUUCACUAUGUUGUUUGUUCUUCAUCCCUUCUUCGUUUUGUAUUCUACGUUUGUCCGAAGCCACACACCGCUCACUCUUAAGUUACUCGAAGAAACUAGUCAUUGUAUCAUAUAGUAUGUGUAACUAGAAGGAAGGGGAGCUAUUCGCCGUUCGAGAGAAAACAAAACAAGAAAGUUUCUCUUUCCAUCUGUAAAAGGUGAAAAGAGGAAAGAGACCACGUUAUAUGCUUGAAAGACGAGUCGUCGUUUCGUUAAUCUCGGUGCCUGUAAUUAAUAGAGCGCGACUCGAGGCGAGUACCACUAUUUCUAGUUCUGUAAAGAAAAUAAACUACUAUCGAGAUAUAGAUAUUGGCUAUAUAUAGAGAUAUUUUAUACGAAAUAAAAUAAUAUGGAUUUUUAACU